AUGAGCAACUUCACCAACCCAAAUAAUCAGGGGGCGAAUGGCGGAAACAAAAAUUCCGCGAAUUUGUUUAAUCUUAAUAAAAGCAAUUUCUCAACUCUUCCCAGAGGAUAUCUAUCGAACUCUGCUUAUGUUAUAAAGCAGUAAUAGCAAACCAACAAAUAGCCAUUGAUAAUGGGUAGUAAUCCUCCGAAGUUAGGCUAAGAAAUGAGCUCUAAAGAGUUGAUGAGAUCAUUACUCUAAAAAGAAGCAAAUAAGGAUAGAGAGUCUUCGAAUUUAGAGUAGAUAGGAUAAAAAGAUGCUCAAGGAAGAAGAUUGAGUGGAGGAGAGGAGAAAUAUUAACAAGCAAAACUGGAUUUCGCAAAUAAUUAACUAAAAGGUUAUGUGAGCCCAAUAAAAAAUGUUGUAAUAGAUUUGUGUUCAACUACUAACAAUACAAGUGCCUCAUCAAACACAAAGACGAUAAAUUAAGAUGCCUUUCAUAUGAAUAAAAUGAAGGCGCAACAAGCUAACGGAUAUAAUGAAGAUUAAUCAAUCAGGAAUGCUUCUUCAGUAAACCCUAGUAACCUACUUCCUAAAUUGAUUUUAGGCUAUAAAUAAGAUAAGAUUCAACCCUAAGUUUAAGUUUAAUUGGAAGACAUAAUCGAUGAUGAUGAAAUCAAGUUCAUUGACUAUAAGAAGGACCAAAAGAUUUCAGGGGAUCAUAAAUUAUUUCAGAAAGUUGCAGAUGAUAUAGAUAAUGAUCUAAUUGAAAUAGAAGACAUUGAAGGAGCUCUAAAAGAUUUAUUGGACAAUAGUGAUGAAUUGAACUCUUUUUAGAAGAGAAUCGAAAAGGAUAGCUUGAAAGAUAAAUCAGCAUAAAAUUAGUUCAACUACAUCAGCUCAUCAUUAACAUCUGGUAAUAGAAAUAAUGCAAUUAGUAGCUAUAAUGGAAAUUAUAAUGCAUCGCAUCAAAUAACAAAUUCAUCAUAUGUUUAGCAUAACGAUAGAAGAAACGACAUAAAAUCAACCUUUUAGAAUAGAAAUUAAAAAGAAGAAUUAGGCUCAAAAUAUUAUGAAAACAUCUUAGACUAAUACUUAGGCAAUGAAAAAAGUAGUUAUAAAAGAGAUUAUAUUAAGAAGUCCUCUAUUUAAAACUAAAACCCAAAGUAUUCAAAUGUACAACCAGAGAAUAAAUACAUAAAUUAAACAAAAACAAAUAUAGGAAACUCAAGUCUUGAAGAUAAUAUCAAGUUUAUAGAAUAAUAUUACAAUGAUACUUCGUAAUUAAAAGGAGAGUCUACUCAAAAUAUUGCCAAGAAGAAGUUUGAAGAAGCUCAGGAGAUCAAGCGAUAGCAAGAAUUUAAAGAAAGAGCAAGAAAACAUCUUAAUAUGGAUGUGAAUGACAAGCCUUUGAUUAAUCAUUCAAUACAUACAAAGAAAGUCUAACUUCCUUCGAGUGCAUUAGCUGAUUUAAUUUAGAAGAGAAAAGAUAUCAAUGAAUUCGAGACUCUUAAAAAAAUGAUAAAUGAAAGAACAUAACAUUUAAAGCCUAAUAGUGAUAAAAAGAUGCUAUAAAAUUUAGAGGCAAUGAGAGAAUAAGAAGCCGAAAAAUAAAAGUAAAAGGCUGAGUAAAAAAAAUUGCAGAAAAAGAAUUAAGAUGAACUUUUUGGAGAACUAUUUGAUUAUAAUGAAGAUAAGCAGACAGAAGAAAAAUCAAAAGAUAAUAAUGAUUUCUUUUCCUUUUUAGAUUAAGGGGCAUUUCAAAAUAAAGAUCAUGGAAUUCAUAGAGAUAAAAAUGAUGAUGAAAUUUAAAAUUAAAGAGUAGAGCUAACAAGAGAGCAGAAAGAGUAAGCCUUUUUAAAGCUCUACUAAGAAGAAAGAGAAGCUGAAAUGAAGCAGAUAAGAUGGCAUAAUAGAAAAACAGCUGACGAACUAAUUAAACCUAUUUUAAACCUAGAUUUGAUUUAGAGAUUUUCUAAUGAAUAAAAACCGUAAUUCGAAUAAGUGCCACUCUAAUUCGAGUCUUUUUAGCAUUAUCGAGAUACUUGGAUUCCUUUGUUUCUUUAUGAGACAUAUAAUCAAAUGAUAAAUCAAAGAACAGACAGAGAUAAGGAAAAAUAACAAGCAUAAGCUCUUGGAUUGGAGUAUAAAUAGACAUAUACAAAGAAAAACUACUUCCAGGGAUACGUUUAGAGAGGCAAUUCAGACUAAAAUUACAUUUAUCUUCAUUUGUAUGAAAGUGCAAGUAAUGUCUAAGAUAAGAAUGGCAAUUACGAUCUAAGAUUAUUAGAUUCAUUGAAAGAAUUUGAUCUUCUCUAUAUAUCUGAGGAACCGUUGCCAGUUGAUGAAGUUAAAAAGGUCACUAAUUUACAAUAUUUGCUUAAAAUGAGAGACGAAAAAGGAAAAAUGCUGUGUAUGGUUCACUAAAGAAGAAAAAAAGAUAAAACUCACAUAGUCAUUAAAGUUGAUUCAGAUCUUCACGAGGAUUAUGUUAGAGUCAAUAUAAGAAAUCAUACUCAUCUCAAAGUUCAUGUUUACUUUUUUGAUAGUCUUUCAACUACCAUCAGAGAAUUUAGAACAAUAAAAAGCUGCGAAUUCUAUCCAACAGCCAAAAUAAUACUAAAUCCUUAAAUUUAUCUAUGUGAUUAAAUGGCCUAGCAGAAUUAAAAGUUUAAUGAUCAUCAAGAAAGAAUGAGAGGAUUUGUGCAUCACUAUGGAAUGAAUUUCAAUGAAAGCCAAAGAGAUGCUUUAAAAUAGGUGUAUAAUAUGAAGAAGGAGGACUUUUUGCUUAUUUAAGGACCUCAAUGCUUGUAAAUUCAAACUGCAAGAAGAUUAUGGUAUGUGGACCUUCAAAUGCUGCAAUAGAUGAGAUUUUACUUAGAAUAGUCUCAAAAAGAUUAUUUGGAACAAUUACGCUCGAUGGACUAUGAUCCACUUCCACUUGUCAAGAAAUUUACUCUAGAUUCAAAGGUAAGAGAUGAAUUAGGAGAAGAAGAAUCUUCAUAAGCAAAUAGAAGAAAUAAUUUGCUUGAAAAAUUCUAGACAAUUAAGGAAAGGCUACAAUAAAUUACUACUAUUACAAGGAUCAUUUCUACAGAUUAAAUAGAAUAGGAAAGAUCAAGAUUAGUUGAUCUUUUGAAAUUACUUUACAGGGACUCAGAGAAAGUCUAGAGAUUUCUAAUGUAAAAUAAAGAUGAGAAAUUGAAAACAUUAUCACUACUAAGGGAUAAUUAUGAAAAAGAAAAGUAAAAAUUAUCAUCAGAGGAACCAUUAAUUGAUUAAAAGCAAAAUCCUAAGACAAAAAAGAAAGAUAUUGAGCUUGCUAUUAUCAGAAGAGCUUAGAUAAUUUGCACGACACUAUCAAUGUCAGCAUCCGAGAAAUUAGAGGCUAUCAAAUUAGGCGAAGUUGAAUAUUUGAUUGUUGAUGAAGCUUGCUAAUGUGUAGAACUUACAAAUCUUAUACCAUUUGAGCAUGAACCAAAGAAGGUCAUACUUGUAGGAGAUUAGUAACAAUUGACUGAUGCAGAGGAUGUAUAAAAAAGAAUUAAUAAUAAGACAUUGAUUCCAACGACAAUAAGACAACUUGAUUAAGACUUCCGGAAUUUAAUCUUCUUUGACUUGAAAUACUCUUAGGAAUCUUAAAACGAAACAUCCAAAUCUAAUCUUGAUGAAGCGAAUUUCAUUAAGAAUCUCUUUAAUGAAAUAAUUUAAACGGUGUAUUAAAACUUAAAAGAAUAUCCUAGCAAUGUUGCAUCAUAUGAGGAAAAGAUCAAGUUUAUUCUAGGUGACUUGAAGUUAAGAAUAGGAAUAAUCUCACCAUAUAAGUAGCAAGUUAAGACACUUAAGGAUAUAAUUUACCCAAGAAUGAGGUAAUUAGGGUGUCCAAAUGAUUUGAUCGAGAUAAACACUGUUGAUGCUUAUUAAGGAAGAGAAAAAGACAUAAUAAUUAUUUCUUGUGUUAGAGGGAGUUAGGAGAGACAAUUAGGAUUCUUAAAUGACUAUAGAAGAAUGAAUGUUGCUAUUACUAGAGCUAAAAACUUCCUAUGGGUAAUUGGAAACAGCAGAACUCUAAAAAGAAAUAAAAAUUGGAAUGCCUUUUUAGAAUAUACUAAAUCUAAAAUUGGAUCUUAUGUCAAAAUAAAAAAUAAAGAUUAAUUAGAAAAAAAUAAAAUUUAAUAGAUAGUCCUCAAUCAAAGAGAUGUAUUGAAGAAAAGCAAAUAUUCCCCUAAGUAAUUAUUAGAGGAUUAUAAGACACUAAAAAAUUAGGAAUUUGAAAAUUAAAAACAUAAUGAAUAAUCAUAAAAACAUAUGACAAACAACUAAUAAGAGAAAAGUAAGAAGAAAUAAGAUUAAUCAAUUAAAAAUCAUAAUAAUUAAUUCUAGAUUUAAAAAGAUUAAGACCUUAAUAAAGACAAACCAACUUCAACUAAAAAGCUAGAUCCUGAAAAGGAAGCUUACAGAUAAGAACUCCUCAGAAAAAAAGCUGAGUUAUUAGAAAAAGCAAAACAAAGAUAACAAAUUUAAUAAAAAGAAUAAAAUAAAGUUUAAUUGAGAAUGGAUCCUCUUGAAAAUAAAAUGAAUGAAAUUUUGUUAAAGAAAAGGAAAAUUGAUGAAAUGAGUGGAGCUUAAAAUAGUUCUAAGAUAAAUAUGAAUGACUAAAAACGAUUCAAAAAUAACAAGUGA